AUGAGCAACGCACCCGCAACGCACACCACAACAACAGCACGAAGAAGAAGCAGCAGUGGCAUGGGCUUUAAGCAUGCGAUGCUGCAACGCAGCUACGAUCUCGCCGCAUCUCCUGCCCCAGCAGAGGCGCCUCAGCAAGUUACGGAUUUUAGCAUCAGCCGCAUCCUUGGCAACGUUGGCAAGGAUACUCCAGCGAAGAAGAAGACAGCAGCGAGUGCUGCAGCUGGCAACAUUCUCGAUCUCUCGAAGAGCAGUCAACAGCAGCCUCAGGCAGUGCAGUCCUUUCAAAAUGCAACGGCAAGCUAUGGCUAUGCCAUGUUGCCACCGGAUUUGCUGGCCAUGGCCAGUGCAACCAAAUUCUAUGCACAGUUCUUUCCACACUUGCUGCCUGCCUAUGCGGCAGCAGCAGCUGCCGCCGGCUUCACAACGCCACCCACAUCGCCCUAUCAGCAACACCAACAGCAGCAGCAACACCAGCAGCAUCACCAUCAGCAGCAGAAGCGUUACUUUGCCCCCUAUGUGAUCAACGGACAAAGUUCGACACGGGCCAAACCGAGUGCACCCAGUGUCUGCACCCGUGCGGAUUGCGUGGAAUGCCUGGACUACUAUAGGCAAUUUGGAGCGGGCUACAAGCCGACGCCAUUGAUUUCGCCGGCGGCUUCUUCGGUCAGCAGUGCGAGCAGUUCGAGGCUCGGCCGGGCAGACAGCAGCACCACCAACAUCUCAUUCACCACGGUGACCAAUCUGAAUCUGAGCACGACAGCAACAACAACAAUGACAUCAGCAACAACAACACCAGCACUACCCAAUUUAGUUGCCAACAACAACAACAACACAACGACGGCUGAGGAGAUCAGCUACAAGUGUCACAUCUGCGACAAGGUCUUUGGAUGCUCCGAAACACUGCAGGCGCACGAGAAGACGCACAAAUCGCCGCGCUACGAGUGCUCGGAUUGUGGCAAAGGAUUCUCGCAACUGCGCAACUAUAAAUAUCAUCUGUCUGUGCAUCGUGGCACGAAGGAGUUUGCUGCCGAGUGUCCGGAGUGCGGCAAGACCUUCAACGAUAAGGGCUAUCUGAGCAGCCACAUGAAGAUCCAUCGCAACCGAAAGGAGUACGAGUGUCCCUACUGUCCGAAGUCCUUCAAUCAGCGUGUCGCCUUCAACAUGCACGUACGCAUCCACACGGGCGUCAAGCCGCACAAGUGUGCCGAAUGCGGCAAGCGAUUCUCCCGCAAGAUGCUGCUUAAGCAGCACAUGCGCACGCACAGCGGCGAGAAGCCGUAUCAGUGCUCCGUUUGUGGCAAGUCCUUUGCGGAUCGCAGCAAUAUGACGCUCCAUCAUCGGCUGCACUCGGGCAUUAAGCCAUUUAGCUGCCCGCUGUGCCCCAAGGCAUUCACCAAGAAGCAUCACCUGAAGACUCAUCUCAAUUAUCACACUGGCUGCAAGCCGUACGUCUGUCCACAUCCCAAUUGCAAUCAGGCCUUUACCCAGUCCAGCAAUAUGCGCACCCAUGCCAAGAAGUGCCAAUACCGACCGCUAGACGGCGCUCAGCCAUUCCCGAUGCCACACAAGCAGCAGCAGCUGCAGCAACCACAACAGCAGCAACAAUCGCUGGCGUUGCCAACAGCUGCAAGUUUUGUUAUGCCACCGGCAACAUUUGCUCCUGUUGCAGCCGCAAUCACUUUUCCGCCGGCCCAGCAAACGCUCCUCAGCAAUUUGAGAACAUUCCAAGCGAUCUGA